GUACGAAGGUAAAUAGAGUCACCCGUUGAGCACUGGCGAGUUGAGUUCGGUUCCGGAAACAACUACGGAGUAUUUUCCAUCCAUCCCUCACAGAUCGGUGAUCUCCAGAGAGUCGGUCCUUAGACAUCACUGUAACAGGCUAACAGCAUAAGCAAGACCUUCAAUGGCUUCUCCUUUGGCAUCUGAUCAAGCAAAACAAGGAUUAAGUUGGAUGGAAUGGCUCCAAGGGUGGUCUAAUGUGAUUUAUGAAGUCCUUUUUCAGAAGGUUGAAGCAAGACAUCUUAAAACUCCGCUGCCACUACCUCCAUUGAACAAUCUUACCUGUAUUGUUACCGGUUCCACCAGUGGAAUUGGGCUUGAAGUAGCCAGACAAUUGGCUGAAUCAGGGGCACAUGUUGUUAUGGCAGUAAGAAACCCCACUGCAGCCCAUUCUUUAAUCCAAACAUGGCAGAACCAAACCUCAAGUAAGGAUUCCUUGAACAUUGAUGUCAUGGAGCUUAAUCUCCUCUCUCUAGAAUCCGUCGUGAGGUUUUCUGAAAAAUGGAAUUUGCUGGGAAAACCCCUAAAUGUCCUUAUCAAUAACGCCGGGAUCUUUUCCAUUGGAGAGCCUCAAAAGUUUUCAAACGACGGGUAUGAAACUCAUAUGCAAGUGAACCAUCUUGCUCCUGCAUUGCUCUCACUCCUACUCUUACCCUCACUUAAAAGAGGGGCUCCAAGUAGAAUCAUCAACGUCAACUCUAUCAUGCAUUUUGUAUGUAAUGUUGAUCCAAACGACAUGAACUUUGUUUCCGGGAAAAGAAAAUUCUCGAGCCUCGUGGGAUACUCGAGCAGUAAACUAGCUCAAGUCAUGUUUAGCAACAUUCUCCAUAAGCGCCUCCCUUCUGAAUCAGGGAUUAGCAUUAUUUGUGUGGGACCCGGAGCUGCCCAAACAAAUGUUGCUAGGGAUCUUCCUAAAAUUCUGCAAGUUGGUUAUCAGCUGAUUCCGCUUGUCCUCUUUAAUGCUGAAGAAGCAUCCAGAAGCACACUCUUUGCUGCUACUGAUCCCGAGAUUCCCAAGUACUGUGGACAGUUGAAGUGGGAUGAGUGGCCUGCCUGCGCUUACAUCUCUUACACUUGUCGUCCAAUGAACCCUUCCAAAGAAGCACAGAGGAUGGAUAUUUCUAGCUUAGUUUGGGAGAAGACACUUGAUAUGGUUGGCCUUUCUGGUGAUUGUUUGGAGAUGCUUCUAGAAGGGAAAGAAACACAAUGCCGCUAUGGAGCCCACCUUAAUUAGGUGCCAAUAAUUUAGGUGCGGAAGUCUGCACUUGCAUGUUUUUGAUUGGGUUCUUCUCCAAUGUUACGCAUUUCUUUCAAUUGCUUAAUCGUUGUCUGCUAGAAUGGACUAGAUCCUUCUGAUACAUUAUGCUUGUUUUAGUUGCACAUUUCUCAAAUUACACAAUCCA